UUUGAUAAGUUUUCUCCCGUUCUCCCGAUCCUAAUUUUAUUCUCAUAUAUUUAUAUUUUCGUGGAGGCAUAUACCAUGACGGAUCAUGCUUAGGAAAAAGAGGAGCAUCUUGAUUCACAUAUCAAUAUUCGUGAAGAUGAAAAAAUGGGUUAUAUGAUUUAUCCUUACCCUAUACUUCCCAUCAUAUCGCGACUAAUGCGCAGGUACAAGCAAGUUCCAUACCGGUGGUUUGUCAGCAGCCAUAAUCCUAAAUGGUUACUAUUGAAUAUAAAUGUCAGAACGGUGCAAGGGUUUGAUUGGUAUAUACGAAUGCUCAACUGCUGAUGUACAUAUUCGUUUAGUUCUUACUCUUAUUUUGAUAUUCGUUAAAUCUUACUUACUCUCAAUUAUUUAUUUUUGUCUCUCUUUGCAGAACUGUGUAUGUUCAUGCCUAAUAUCGCGGAGAAAGAUACUUUGAAUGUCGUACACAAGCAAGGUGUUGAUUGGCUUUUCUUUUCUUUGAAAAAUUAUAGGAGAUACCAAAUGGAGAAAGCAAAAACUGUCGAUUCCUUAAGAAGGUUCGGAAAGCUAUAGAUCCCAUAACGGGGUUUAGUGUUUCGGAAAACUAUGGAUCCCAUAAAAUUAUCAGGAUUCUUUUGUAUCCAUUAAACUUGGUUAGAUUUCUGUAUUUAUUAAAGUUGGAAUGCAUCACAACUAGAGAUGGUCCAUCAUGAAAGCAUGCACCUUUUCAUGAGGUAAUUAUUAAAGAGCAAACAAGUAUCAAAGUAUUUUCUACCAAUUUGAAGGUACAACUGCAUGACCCCUUUAUUUCAUACAAGCAUAUUUACCUGCCAUGUUGUCUCCAAGGUUAUCUUUUAUGGGGAUACUGCGUUCUUAUUGUGACAUAAUUACCGUCUUGGUACUAUAGUGUUUAUGGGGAUAUUUGAUACAAACAAAUUCGUUCUUUUUUAUUGGCGCCAGGCUCUAUCGUUUUCUACUUUCAUAGCAAGUGGUUUGCAGGUGUCUCUCAUUCCGAGAAUAGAUGAUGCAAGUUGAGAAUACAAACUCGAAGCAGUACCUGUCCCAAAGUUGAAAGGUUGUUCAUGACUUCAUUCAUGUGGAUUUAUGCAAACGUGCUAUGAGUAAGCUGAAUGGCAACACUCCUUGGACUUGAUUAGAUGUCAUAGUAAAUGGUCAAUCAUAUUGUGUUUGGUGGCCGAGGACAUUGAAUAUAGCAGACAAUGUGACAUAACAACCUAAAUUUUGGCUUGGUGACGCGGAAAACCUGCUUUGCUUGACAUUAAGGAGUUGAUAAAGAGAAACUGUAGGAUUCUUUCAGAGAGUUUUCCUCAAUAUCUUACCCAGAGAGGGUUAGACAAUAUGCUAAUGAAUAUAAGUGGACAUACAAUGAACUCGAUCUCAUACAGGGGAAUGAUGCCUUGGAAAAUUGUUUGAACUCAAUUCAAUGAGUGACAUUUGAUACUUUGACCAAUGAAUUGAGAAGAAGAAGGGUGGGUUAUGCUUUCUUUAUGGAAGCGUGGCAGUGAAAACUUACCUUUGGUAGUGGCGGAACCAUGCCCGGACUAGGACUGGCUCAAGCCAGCCCUAGCCAAAUUCUUUUUGCCUACUUAGUAGUAAAAGUCAAGCCCAAUUUUAAGUAAGUCCAGUCCAAGCCAGCCCUGGUCUUUGUGAAAAAAAAAAAAGAAAAAGAGUUCACGGGAAAAAAAAAACAAAAAGUCAUUAUUCUCUGUGUCUAUGUGAGCAGCGGGAGAAAGACUGAAAGAGGGAGAUUGGAAAAACCGUAAAGCCAAAACCCUAGGCUAGUGUUAUUGGCUCAAGUUUUAGAACUGGUUCAAUCUUCAAUUUUGGUAACACCCAACACGUGUAAUAGUGUUGGCCUACGGCUACAACUCAAAGUCAUUCUUGGUGGAGCUUGAAGGAAGCCUUUUCUCUAAAACUUCUGUUACAGGUUGAUGAUAUAUGAUGCCGAAUAAUCGUAAACCAAGCAAACGAGGAAGAUUAGAAGCAUAUUACAACCCUAUUCCCAGAGUAGAUAGAUCAGAAAGUGUUGCUCUUGCUCCAAAUAUUGAACUCAAUGAAGUAGUUGUUGAUGCAGUUGAACCCGAAGAAUUGCACACCCAAAGAACUGGAAUAGAAGAAGACAGACCUGAAGUGAUGAAUGUUACUCCAUUAGAACGUGAUCCGGGGUUACGAAUUCCAGUAAUGCAACAUCCUGUUAACAAGCGUGAUGAAGUUCGGCGAGCAUAUUUAUUGUUGGGACCUUAUCAUCCGAGAUUAAAAUAUCCCCGCUCUAAAUUCGGAAAGCAAUACCGUGGUUUUAAUUUUAGUUGGUUCGCACAACAUCCUUGGUUGGAGUAUUCACCUUCUAAAGAUGCUGCAUAUUGUUUUCAGUGUUUUCUUUUUGAAUCAGAUCCUCCAAAACACUCAGCAUUCACUAGUGAAGGUUUCAAAAGAUGGUGUUCUGUUAAUAAUGGAUCAGCAUGUGCAUUUCUAAAACACUCUGGAAAUGUUGAUUCUGGACACUCUACUGCCCAAGGAAAUUCUGAAGCUUUGAAGAAUUCAGCUCAGCGAAUAAGUCUUUUGGUAGAGAAACAAUCAAUAGAGGCUGUAACGAGACAUAGGUUGCGUCUCAAGACAACAAUUGACUGUUUAAGAUGGCUUGCGCGUCAACAAUGUGCUUUCAGAGGUCACGAUGAGUCAAAAGGUUCAAGGAAUCGUGGGAAUUUUAUUGAAUUGAUCAAGUAUUCAGCAUCACUUAAUAAAGAUGUGAAUGCAGUCAUCUUGGAGAAUGCCACUGGAAAUGCCACUUAUACUUCACCCAAGAUUCAGAAAGAGAUCUUAAAUAUUAUAUCUAACAGAGUUAGAAGCAAGAUUCGCGAGGAAAUUGGAAAUGCCAAAUAUUGUAUCCUUGUUGAUGAGUCGCGGGACGCUUCCAAGAAAGAGCAAAUGGUGAUUGUUUUAAGGUAUGUGGAUAUUGAUGGUUAUGUUCAAGAAAGGUUUUUUGAUAUUCAACAUGUUGAAAAUACUUGUGCUUUAACUCUGAAAAAUGGAAUAACAAAAAUUCUUAAUUAUUAUGAUCUUCAAGUUGAAAACAUGCGAGGGCAGGGGUAUGAUGGCGCAAGUAAUAUGCGUGGUCAGUGGAAUGGCUUACAAGCCUUGUUUCGUGAGGAAUGUAAAUAUGCAUAUUAUGUUCAUUGUUUUUCACAUCGCCUUCAGCUAGCACUUGUGAAAACAGCUGAAACUUUGGGUCCAGUUUGGAAAUUUUAUUCUAUGUUAUCAUCAAUUGUCAAUCUUGUUACAUCUUCUUCACAUCGGUUUGGUGAUUUUCAGUCUGCUCAAGAAGAUGAGAUUGCCAAAAGGUUAUCUAGUGGUGAACUUGAGACAGGGAAAGGGGCAAACCAAAUAGGUACUUUGCCACGUGCUACUGAUACCCGUUGGAGUUCCCAUUAUGGUUCCGUAUGCAGUUUGAUAGAUAAGUUCGAAGCAACCUGCACAACUAUCGACCAUAUUGGCGCAAGUGAUCCGAAAGUGACUCCUAAAGUUGGUGAAGCACAAAGUAUUUCUGAAGAAAUGAGGUCAUUCAGGUUUGUCUUUGUCUUGCAUUUGAUGUUUAAAAUUAUGGGUAUUACUGAAAUAUUAUGCCAAGGUCUUCAAAAGAAAACACAAGACAUAGUAAAUGCAAUGGCUCUAGUCUCAAACACAAAAGUCUUACUUAGAGAAUUAAAAGAAGAGAGAUGGGAAAAUUUUAUUACAACUGUUACUGAAUUUUGUGUUGCACAUGGUGUUGAAACACCUAAUAUGGACGCUCGCUAUAUGAUGGGUACAGGCCGUUCUUGUCAGCAACGUGAUAAUAUCACAGUAGAUCACCAUUAUCGUGUUGAUAUAUUUACUGCUACAAUUGAUUUUCAGUUGUCAGAGUUAGAUCAUAGGUUUCCAUAGGACACAAUGGAACUACUCAUUCUUAGCUCAUGUUUGGAUCCUCGGGAUUCUUUUAAGUCAUUCGAUGUUGACAGUCUUUGUAAUCUUGCUGAGAAGUUUUAUCCUCUAGAUUUCAGUCCGCAAGAGGUACACAUUUUGAGAAAUGAGUUACAACAUUAUGGUCAUGAUGUAGUUAACAAUUUGCAAUUUCAGAACUUAUCAACUAUUUCCGAGUUAUGUCGGCAACUAGUAGUAACCAAGAAGGCAGAAGCUUACCCUAUGAUUGACAAAUUGAUUCGUAUUGUGCUUACUCUCCCUGUUUCCACGGCAUCUGCAGAAAGAUUUUUCUCAAUAAUGAAAUUGGUCAAAUCAGCUACUCGUAACAAAAUGCAACAAGAUUUUCUUAGGGAUUGCAUGAUGCUCUACAUUGAACAAGACAUUGCAGGAGCUAUCCAUACUGAUUCAAUCAU